CCUUGGUCAUCCGUUUCAUUAUUUAAAUUGCAGCAGGAGGGAGACAUGCCGGCUCUGUCCAAUCUGACACAGACGCUGGAAGAUGCCUUCAGAAGGAUUUUUAUCACUUAUAUGGACAACUGGCGCAGGAACACGACAGCUGAGCAAGAGGCCCUGCAAGCCAAGCUUGAUGCUGAGAACUUCUACUAUGUCAUCUUGUACCUCAUGGUGAUGAUCGGCAUGUUCUCCUUCAUCAUUGUCGCCAUCCUGGUGAGCACGGUGAAAUCCAAGCGACGAGAGCACUCCAACGACCCCUACCACCAGUACAUCGUGGAAGAUUGGCAAGAGAAGUACAAGAGUCAAAUUUUGAAUCUAGAAGAAUCAAAGACCACCAUCCACGAGAACCUUGGGGCAGCAGGGUUCCACCUGGCUCCUUGAUGAGGAGGAAAGGCGUCAAGCCAACAGAGGAUACCUGGGUGUGAAGAGACGCCUGUGCCGUGGAGCAAAUCCAAGUUGUCACUGCUUAGACGACACUAAGCUCCUUGCUUUCUGUUGAGAAUUUUCACGGAGAUCCUGUGGCGACUCAACUAAGACGACAAUGGUAAUCUCAGUGUGAUUUAGACUGGCUCACCAGAGCCGUGUUUUAUGCUGAAGAUCCCUUUUACUUUCUGUGCAACAUAAAUGUCACUUUAGUCAAUGUCAAAUUUGACACAUUUUGUCGAGUGAGUGGAAAUAAAGUCAAAUUUGAAGGACA